CAGCUUGUGUAAAGUGCUUGCUCUUUGUAUGCCAUAUCAACUCGCUCCUUUUCCCACCCUAAGAUAUGCAAGUUAGGACGGGGGCAGAAGAGAGUUUGAAGGAUAUGCUGGCAGUCCUCAGAUGACCACGCCAUAAACUUUGAUCAAGCACCAUUAUAUGUAUGCUUCGAAUCGGAUCGCGAUAUGCCGCUCAGGGGUUAAGGACGUAGACCUGCGGGAGUGCAAACGUUGUGCCAUACUACCCUUCAAUAUUCUCGAUGGACACCAUCUCAAGGCCAUAAACUCCCUCUCUCCUCCUUCUCGUAAACGUUAAUCUGAGACAAACAUCCGCUCCUUAGUCACAAAGAAGAACGCUCAUCAAGGCAGAUAGUUGACCUUCUGUUCACAAUGCACCCAUCUCAGCGCAGUGGCAGGUUGCAAGUCGAUGCCAGUCGUAGAUGGAGUACGAGCUGCUUGGAGGAUGCCGCGUUUCGAAGGGCCUAUCACGCCCUUCUGAUAGAUGGUUCGGUCAAUACAGCUCUAGGACAACGAGAGGCUCGCCCCCAGUUCUUCCCGUGGGUUCAUCGUCAACAGCCGCCGCCGUCAUCACCUCAGGAUGUGAUGAAAUCUCCAAUACCUCUUCACUCGCUGAGUCGAGGCCCUUACGGGAGCAACUGGCGCACACUACUACAGCCGACUUCACGUCCUCCUCCUGAGCUCCCAGACUCCCUCGAAGCAGACCCCGAGGGCGGCUCCAAUGGACAACCGCAGCGGCCUCCCUCUCCCAAGAAGAACAAAAAGAGACGUCGGCGCAAUAAACGCUGGGACAAAAUCGAUCCCCUCGCUGCGGCGCGCAACGCGGAGAUAUUACGGCGACGCAGAAGCCGCACGUUCUGCGGCCCGCACGCAUGGAUCCGCGACGGGGACGGAGGGGAGGCAAGCACGGCGCAAUUUGGUACUAGCCCGCCUACUGCAAGUGUAUUCGGGCAUAUAGAAUUCCUCAGUCUAAACGACGCUGUCGACAAUACGCCGAACGCUAACGGUGGAGGACAAAGCAAUAUGGCAAAGGAAGAAGCGGACUCGUCCUCAGAUGAGCAGGACGAUGAUGAUGAGGAGGAGGAAAAAGAGGAAGACGAGGGGAGUGAUGGAGAUGAUUGCGAAGAUGUCCUCGAGGUCCUCGAUGGAUAUGAUCACCUUGAGGACUUUGAAGAUGAAGAGCUACAGGCGUCAUGGGACCCGUUCUGGCCUGAGCAUCGGAAUGGUGCGCGGCGACUGGGAAAUUUGCCUGGUUCGCGCUAGAGGAGUCUGGCUGGGUGGUUCUGUCGCAUAAGAAAAGGGCGGUUGAUCAUUGAAUCAAGAGGAGGGUGAUUGGAGGUUUUUUUUUAAUCUCUAUUUCGCCUUCUUCUUCUCUUUAUCGUUCCACUAGUUAUUGUUUCUUCUCGUCGUCAUCUUGAUCUUUCCCCGCUACUCACUGCGUCUUCCCCUUCUCUUCUACUCUAAUUUUCUCAACUUAUUUCGUUUAAUCCCAAAAAAAAGUCCAGCGCUAGACAUAUCAGCAUACCGAGCUUUAGAUGCACAGCACCAGCUAGACCACCCCUAG